AUGACUGAAGCAUUGCAACAGAUUCCUGAAUAUGCUGAGUUUUUGAAGAAACUCCUAAAAAGAAAAGAAUAUUUAAAAGAGGAGACAAUGGAGAUACAAGAAGAGUGUAGUGUGAUCUUACAAAAGGAACUUCCUCCUAAGGUUGAAGAUCCAGGAAGUUUCACCAUUCCCUGUACUAUUGGGAAUCAUAAAAUAGGGAAAGCCAUUGGUGGUCUUGAAGUCAAACCUGCAAGGAUGACUCUAUUUAUGGCUGAUGGAUCCACCAAAAAGCCCUAUGGUAUGGUGGAAGAUGUAAUGGUUCAAAUUGAAAAUCUCAUUCCUGGUAGAUUUUGUGAUAAUAGAGAUGGGGGAUAA